GCUAGCGCCUACGUCACUGUUGCUGAUUUAAAGGACACUUUGGGCAAAGAGACCGUUGCGGAGCUGGGGAGGAAUGCGCAGUUUGUGAGAUGCGAUGUCACUAACUGGGACGAGCAAGUGCGGGCCUUCGAUGCAGCCACACAAAAUUCUCCGCAGAAAAGCUGUGAUGUUGUGAUCGCUAAUGCGGGAAUAUCUAAUAUUGUUGCAGAUCCUGCAGAACCUGCGUCAAAACCCAACCUAGCGACUAUGGACAUCAAUCUCACGGGCUUACUUUACACCGUCAAGCUUGCUAUUCAUUACUUCCGGCGCCAGCCAGUCGAGCCAUCAAGGGACCGUUGUCUUAUCCUCAAGUCCAGUCUAGCAGGCUAUGUCGACCUACCAGGGUCAAUACAGUAUAACGCAUCAAAGUUUGGUGUCAGGGGCGUGAUGAGGAGCCUCCGUCGAACAACUUGGAAAGAAAGUAUCCGAGUCAACUUGGUGGCUCCAUGGUAUAUUCGUACUCCCAUCCUUUCCCCAAUGGCCCAGAAGUACCUGGACGAUAGUGGGGUUGGGUUUGCUCUUGUUGAAGAUUGCUGUCGGGCAAUGUUGCUCCUUGCAACUGAUACAAAGAUUAAUGGU